CUUAGCCGCUCCAAGAGCAAAGUACUCUCCUCAAAAAACAAAACACAACAGAAGCAAAAGAAAUGAGUCCCAGCAUCACUGCCGAGGCCACCCAGCCUCUUCCUGCAAGGUCCACCGUGGCACAGAGAAAACAGGCCAACGAACUGAGAAAGACUCUGAAACCUUUACUGGAGAAGAGACGACGUGCUCGUAUCAACGACAGUCUCAAUGACUUAAAAAGCCUGAUUCUUCCUCUGAUUGGCAAAGACAACGCUCGCUACUCCAAGCUGGAGAAAGCUGAUAUCCUGGAAAUGACCGUCCGUUUCCUCAGAGACCUUCCCUCCACUCCAGCCAAAGACUCAGCAGAGAGUUACAGAGAAGGCUACAAAGCCUGCCUCCAGCGCGUCUCCGCUCUGCUCCCCAAAACAAGCCUGGAUCAGGACGCGUGCCAGCGCGUGAACGAAUUCGUCCAGCAGUCCAGGUCUUCGACUGUCACCCCAACCUGCCUGAACUGCUGUGCCCAGAGCUCCAAGACACUCCCUCAGAUCCAACAGAGACUCUUGAGCCUGAAAUCCAGCUUCAGCUCCAGACUGGAGAGCCAGUCCCGCAGUAACAGCGGCGCAGUGGCUCCCAGCCGCGAGCAGCCAGUCCCACAGGCUGUGAGCGCAUCCAUGUGGAGACCCUGGUAGAUUAGAUGGACAUGUAUCCAAUGUGUGUUAUUUAUUAUGUGAUGUUACUUAUGCUUAUCAUAUUCUUAUAACUGUAGACAUAGCCAUUAAGAUUUAUUGGAUUUGCUGUAUAAUAAUUGAAUUCAGCAUUUAUCUCACUAGGCGUUUAAUGCCAGUGAGCACACGAGCACAGAUCUUAGCACAGGUCUAUGAACGUUUUUAAAUGCAAUCCUCUUUGGGGUUUCAAAGAUACGGGUUGUUGACACCACUUUUGUAAAACCCCAAGGGUUGUUUUGUUUGAGGUUUGCACGAUGGACUUAUUUCUUACUAUACUUAUUAGUAUCUCGGUCUGUGCAAAAGAAGUCUGUAAACACUAUGUGUUAAAAUAAUUUCCUAAUAUUUACUGACAUCAUGUGUGGGAAGAAAAACAUGAUUGUGACACUUCAAAUGUUUUGUCAUUGAGAAACCUUUUUUCAAUAAAAAUACACGAAAAGAA